AUGUCAGCGCCUGUGGCGCUUGUGACUGGAGCCACCAAUUCUAUUGGGAAAGCUAUUGUACGGCGUUUAGCAUUCGCUGGAUACAAAGUAGCAGCUGCUGACCAGUGUCCUAAUGCUGUUGACAGUGUAGCUGAAGACAAUAAGAGGGUUGUAAAAGACAUGGGUACGCUCGAUUCAUUGGUAAUUGUACCUCCUGAUAAUACCGUUCGUGGAGACAUUAUCGAUACGGAUGUGAAACAAUUCGAUAGGCUAUUCAACGACAGAUUAACGAUUCCAUUUCGAUUAACUCAAGCUGCCAUUCCAUUCUUGGAGAAGUCAAAAGUUGAAAAAGAUGGUACGGGUGCUUUUUGGGAUUCGCAUGUGUCGAAUGAAGCUUUGCAACAACUUCAGUCCAUGAUACCACUUGGACGGCUAGGAAGGCCUUCUGAUGCAGCUUCCCUGGUGCAAUUCCUCAUAUCUCCUCGCGCAAGGUAUCUGAGCGGUGUCACUAUACCCGGUUGUUACUACCUCAUUCAUUCGCCAAAACGUGGAGGUCCUCCACGGCCGAUAUUGUUUAUGAACAAAAGGAGUGAUUUCGAAGAGUUGUGGGAAGGCGCCCUGCCUGGUGAGUCGUCUCUAGAGCUCACUGCAGGAUUUGAGGAGCUAUUGCCCACUAGGAAAAUAAACGAGGUGAUUACCAAGAUGGCAUCGUCGGGCGCAUCUUUGUUCUUCGAGUCAGACGAUUGGGCAGGAACUGAAGUCGUGGCUGCUCGUACACAGUACGGUGCCUACCAUUGUCUGAAAAACCAUAUAGAUGAGCUGCGUUUUGUGAAGUCUCCGAUGGAAAUUCAGUCAAUGCGAGAUGUUUGCACAAUUGGAGCUCAGGUAGUUGUGUCAACAAUAGCAGGCUGUCGUGGUUUCGACAACGAAGCAUCGAUUGGAGGGUUGCUGGAGUUCGAAUCGAGAAGGCGAGGUGCUGAAAUGUUGUCAUAUCCUCCAGUAAUCGCGGCCGGUGCAAGAGCUAAUACCAUACACUAUUUGGAUGCCAAUGGAGCGAUCGAAAAAAGUGAUUGUGUGCUAAUGGAUGCUGGUGUUGAUCUGAAUGGCUAUGUAUCCGACAUUACGCGAUGUUUUCCAAUUUCGGGAACAUUUUCGCCUGCUCAACGCAUUUUGUAUGAUGCUCUUCUACAUGUGCACGAGCAACUGCUCGAGUACGCACAUAAUUCAGAAAAAAUACGCCUUAGUAAUUUAUAUAGCCAUAUGGUGGAACUUAUAUGUAGCGCUAUUCUUGAAAUUGGACUGCUUCCUCAGUCAACAGACAGUCAGAAAUUGCUCAGAGCUGCGGAGUCACUAUGCCCUCAUCAUGUUAGUCAUUACCUUGGUAUGGACGUUCAUGACUGCACUACAAUCUCUCGUGAUAUCGAUGUUCCCCACGGGACUGUUUUCACCGUUGAACCUGGUCUCUAUGUGCCUAAAGAUCCGCAGUUCCCCGAGGAAUUCCGUGGUAUUGGACUGCGGAUUGAGGAUGACGUUGUCGCUACCGCAGAGGGAAUAGAAGUGCUUUCAGAUGGUGUCCCACGUGGAGCUAGUGAAAUAGAAUAUCUCAUGCGAUCUCAAUAA